CCCGGAGCCCGGUGUCCCGCCCGGGUGGGCCGGGGCGGCGGUGACUCAGCCGGGAGAGGCGGGGCGAAGAGGAGGCGGGGGAGGAGGAGCGGCAGGAGCCGCCGCAGCCUCCGCGGAGCCGCUCACCUGUCUGGCCCUGCCAUGGCCCGACGUCUGGCCGCCCUGCUCCUGAUGCUGGCCCUCGGCUGCCUCCUGGGCAUCCUCCUCCUGCUCCUCGGCUCCGGGGACACGCGAGGCCCUCCGGGCUUCAAGUACGGCAUCGUGCUGGACGCUGGUGCCUCCCACACCGCCAUGUUUGUGUACCAGUGGCCUCGGACAAGAGACGACACUGGAGUGGUCAGCGAACAUGGCAUGUGCGAUGUGGAGGGUCCUGGCAUCUCCAGCUAUAGCUCAAACCCUCCAGCUGCCGGGACAAGCCUGGAGCAGUGCCUGAACCAGGCCCUGAGAGCUGUGCCCAAGGAGAAGCACAUGGCCACCCCUCUACCUGGUGCCACAGCUGGCAUGCGCCUGCUCAGGCAUUGCGACCCACAGGCAUCAGACGCCGUUCUCAGAGCUGUGGCAGCCACGCUGAAGGCAUACCCCUUUGAUUUCCGGGGGGCAAAAAUCCUGUCAGGGGAAGAGGAAGGGGUCUUUGGCUGGGUCACUGCAAACUACCUCCUGGAGAACUUCAUCAAGCGUGGCUGGCUUGGAGAAUGGAUCCAGCCUCACAGGAAGACCUUGGGAGCCAUGGACUUUGGGGGUGCUUCCACACAGAUCACCUUUGAAACCCAGGACACUAUUGAAAACCCCAGAAACGAGGUGAUGCUGAAGCUGUACGGCCAAGUGUACAAAGUGUACACCCACAGCUUCCUCUGCUACGGGAGGGACCAGUUCCUCAAGAGGCUGUUCUCCAAGCUCCUCCAGGCUGAGAGCUACCAAGCAACUGUUCCCAAUCCUUGCUGGCCCACGGGCUACAACAAAAGCCUGUCACUGAGCAGCAUCUAUGACAGCCCCUGCACAGAGAAGGAGAGGCCAAGCCUUGUCCUCAACACCACCGUCACCUUGUUUGGCACCGGGAACGGGAACCUCUGUGCUCUGCACGUCAGCAAGCUCUUCGACUUCACUACCUGCUCCUUCUCCCACUGCUCCUUUGAUGGCGUUUUCCAGCCGAAGGUUUCAGGAAACUUCAUUGCCUUCUCUGCAUUCUUCUACACGGUGGACUUCAUCCAGACCGUGAUGGAGAGACCCGUGCACCUGCCUGGUGACCUGAAGGAUGCUGCGGAGACCAUCUGUGCCACCAGCUGGAGUGAGCUACUCGAGAAAGCCCCCAAGCUGGAGAAGAGGCUGCCAGAUUACUGUGCUGUCAGCACGUUCGUGUAUUUGCUCACCACCAGAGGCUACAACUUCAACAACCACUCCUUCCCCAACAUCGUCUUUCAGAAGAAAGCAGGAGAAACCUCCAUUGGCUGGGCCCUGGGCUACAUGCUGAAUCUCACCAACAUGAUCCCGGCAGAGAAGCCCUCCUCCCACAAAAGCAUGUUGUACAAUUACUGGGUCCUCCUCAUCCUGCUCUUUGUGGUCACCACCCUGACGUCCCUGGUUACUGCCGUCUGCCUGCUCCGGCGCAGCAAGUCCAGUGUGAUCUGAUGGUGGGGACUGGGUGGGCCGUGUCUGCAGGACUCAGCACCAUCCUACCUGCUGGAGUCUCCAUGGUCUGAACACUUGGGAUGCAGUGAGUGCUCAGUGUCCUCUUCCAAGGCCUGACACUGUCCCAGAAGGAAAGCUGUCCCCUUUUGCCCUCCCCUUGCCCUCAAGCUGUAGGAAAGGAGGGACAGAAGAGGAAGGGUUUCCCAGCACUACUGGACGCGGCAGCAGGUUUGGGAAUGGGACAUUCAGAGCUGGGACAUCUUUCUGCCACCAGAACUGAGUUGGACUGGGCCAAUGAGCCAAAGCAACAGUAGGAUUUAUUUUCAUUUGUAUGGGGGUGGGUGGGGAAUAUUAUUUAUACCAGUCUUUACAGUUGACCUUGCUAGCCUGUCCCUGGAGCAACAGCCCUGCCUCCUGGGGAGCUCUGGGCAGCACCCAGAGCCCACACUUGUCUUUCUGGCCAGCACACAAACCCCACUGACCUUCCUGAAGGCCAAAUCUUGGCCUAGACUUCCACUGCUCUCAGCUUUGGGUAAGGGCUUAACAACAACAAGAUGUGGGGAGCCAGCAGCUUCCAGGUCCCACUUCAGCAACCACACAUGGUGCCUUCCCCAUCCCUGUGGUUCCUAUGCUAGACUUGCCUUUGCCACUCCUCCAUCCCCCGGUGCCAGCAGCUCCGUGGUGCAUGGCCAUGGCCAGCACAGAGGCGAUGGGCUUGCUGUGGGAGCCGGGCUUUGCUCUGCACUGGGAUUUGAGCCUGCCAACACCCUAUGCCGGGCAGCUGGGGGGAUGCAUCUUCUUUCCAGUUAAGAACACAGACAUGCAAACAUGCAGAAGCUUUGAUUUUGUCUGUUUGGGGUUUCUUUUAUGAUCUGAAAUAAACCUUUGUAACCACUGC